UACAUCAGUGUUUUCCACAUUUUUUUUCGAUUUGUUUCUUGGAUUUUCUGUGAUCUUCAUGACACUAUCUGCACGAUGCUCGAAAUUGUUAUUCUUCACAAGCAAAAUUUCAACUUGUUCGGAUCUGUUGUCACUGAUAUUUUAGAUUUUUUUCAACAUUCUGCUUCUGUCACAAAAAUGUCAUAACCUAACACAAAACGUUUCUUCUGUCAAAAAUCAAUGAUUUAUUGUGUCUGGCUUCUGAUUGGUCAGGAAUACAAAUUAGACUAUCCUACUGUCAUCCAGUAGUGAGGGAACUGAGAGGCAGGGGUAGUUAUUUUUGCGGGAAUGAUAUCCGAAAUAUUCACUAUUUUUUUCUUAAACAUAACUGAAAUAUAAUUUCCAAUGGAAAAAUUGAAGGUUUGAGGUCUUGAAGAUUUUUUUCCAAUGGUGCAAAUCCUAAAGAAUUAUUUACAAGUUGGCAGAAUGUAUUGAUCUACAAUUUCAAAAGUGUGAAUCGGUACCGCCUAUUUUGAGAAAAUAAUAAAUAUUUUCAUUUUGUCUAACAUAUUUAAUUAUUUAUAAACAUGAGUGAAGUCUUAAAUGCACCACCUGUGGAAACGAUUGAGUCUCUUGCUAAGGAGGCAGAAGUUUUGAAGAAAAAAUUAGAGGAUGAAAGAAUGAAACUGAAUGAUAUUACAUUGGCCACAGUUGCUGAAAGAUUAGAUAUCAUAAAUUACAUGAACAUUAAGCCAAGAAGGACUCUGAAAGGGCAUCAGGCUAAAGUAUUAUGUUCUGAUUGGUCCCCAGACAAAAGACAUAUUGUCUCUUCCUCUCAGGAUGGUAAGAUGAUCAUCUGGGAUGCUUUUACAACUAAUAAAGAACACGCAAUCACUAUGCCUACCACAUGGGUGAUGGCUUGUGCUUUUGCUCCAUCUGGAAAUUUAGUAGCAUGCGGAGGUCUUGACAACAAAGUUACUGUUUACCCUCUGAGUAUGGUUGAUGAUGUAAAUCAGAGGAGAAAAAAUGUUGGUACUCAUACUAGCUAUAUGAGCUGCUGCCUAUUCCCAAAUUCUGAUCAACAGAUCCUAACAGGUAGCGGAGAUUCCACCUGUGCUUUAUGGGAUGUGGAAUCAGGACAGUUGCUGCAGAAUUUUCAUGGACAUUCAGCUGAUGUUAUGUCCAUCGAUUUAGCACCCUCUGAAACUGGAAAUACUUUUGUAUCUGGGAGCUGUGACAAAAUGGUUUUGAUAUGGGAUAUGAGGUCAGGACAGUGUGUUCAGUCAUUCGAAGGACAUGAGUCUGAUGUGAACAGUGUCAAAUUUCAUCCAAGUGGUGAUGCAGUAGCUACAGGAAGUGAUGACGCUACAUGUCGAUUGUUUGAUCUCAGAGCAGAUAAAGAAAUUGCCAUUUACAAUAAGGAGAGUAUAAUUUUUGGCGUCAACUCUGUUGAUUUCUCAGUAUCAGGGCGUUUAUUGUUUGCUGGUUAUAAUGAUUACACAGUAAAUGUUUGGGAUACUUUGAAGUGCGUAAGGGUUUGUCUCUUAUAUGGUCACGAGAAUAGAGUAUCCUGUCUACAAGUAUCUCCAGAUGGUACAGCUUUAUCAACUGGAUCCUGGGAUUGCACCCUUAGAGUUUGGGCAUAAACGUUAAGAUAAUAUAACAAAUCUAUGUGAAAUAAAUGUACCAAAAUAGUUGAUAUAGAAAUGUCUUAGAGUAAUUUAGAGCCUUUGAAUGAAUAAUAUUUGUGAAAUGUUUCCUAUUAAGACCUCUAAUGUGGUGCAAUAUCAUGCCAAACUUAAUUCCACUGUUAUCUGUAUUAUUUUCAUUAGUUUUUUUUUAAAUAUUUUAUACCCUAAUAGUUUAGAUACACAUAUUCAUUUUUUGUUAUACAGAAUGUGGUCUAGAAUUUUAUUUAUUGAUAUGUUUAUUGUUAUAAUAUUUUUACUUGAAAUAAAUCGAUGUUGAUUAUA